CUAGAUGUAGCUCCAUAUUUCCGUGUGUCUCCGGGCCAGGUCCAGACCCAUCUAGAGGGUAACAGGCUGGUACUGACCUGUCUGGCUGAAGGCUCCUGGCCUCUACAGUACCGAUGGAUCCUCAACAACACAGAUAUCACACACUUCUCUCCACUAUACACGUAUGUUAUCCCAGAGGUCCAGAGGUCAGAUGCUGGGUUGUAUCAGUGUGUGGUCAGGAACAGGAUGGGAGCCCUGUUACAGAGGAGAGCUGAGGUGCAGGUCGCCUUUAUGGGUAACUUUUCUGGUGAAGAGCAGCGUCGUACAGUCAGUGUUGGUCGAGCUGCGGUCCUGAACACUCCAACCGUCAGCUGCUUCCCUCGACCGCAGGUCACCUGGUACAGAGACGGUCACAAGAUAAUCCCCAGCAACAGAGUAGCCAUGUCGUUGGACAAUCAGCUGGUUGUCUUGUCGGCCAGGGCGGCUGAUGCGGGGCGGUACUACGUACAGGCGGUCAACGGGCUGACCGGACAGAACCACACCUCUCCCUCUGUCUACCUCAGCAUGGCUGACCCUGAUGCUCUGCUUGAGCCCGUGGCUCCGGUGAUUGUGAUUGGUCCGAAGAAUAUGUCCGUCGUGGCAGGGAGGGAAGCUACACUUGAGUGUAUUGCUAACGCCAGGCCGGUGGAGAGGCUGGUGUUGUCGUGGAAACGUAAUGGGCGUCGGCUGGCCAGUGGAGUGGGCGUGUUCGGUCGUCGCCUGACCCUCUCUAGCCCCUCCCUGUCGGACGGGGGCGUGUACGUGUGUGAGGCGUCGCUUCUCAACUCCACCACCAGACCCACCGAGGCCCGGGCCCAUCUCACUGUACUGGAGCCUCCGUACUUCACUGCUGAACCCAGACUAAAGAGUGUAGCAACGGUGGACAGGAACGUGGACUUACACUGUCAGGCCAAGGGAGUCCCCCCGGCCCGUAUAGAGUGGUAUAAAGACGCUGUGCCCGUAUCCAAGUUGGCCAACCCUCGCUACAAGGUUACCGCGGCAACGGGUCUGACUGUGCGGAGAGUCCAACCAGGAGAUGCCGGAAUGUUCCAGUGUUUCGCUCGGAACGCAGCCGGAGAGACACAGACACACACACUGCUGGUGGUCACUAGUGUCACCCCCUCCUUCUCCCUCCUCCCCUCUGACCUCACCGUUACCGACGGCAACUCGGCUGUGUUCACCUGCGAGACCACUGGAGCCCCCAAACCUGCUGUCUGUUGGAGGAGAGGUUCCCAGCUCCUGGCCAGUGGGACAGUCCAGAUUCCCAGGUUCACCCUGCUGGAGUCAGGUGGUCUGCUGGUUGAGCCAAUCAGGAUGGAAGAUUCUGGCGACUACACCUGUACAGCCGCUAGCGCAGACGGAUCCAUCAACGCUACGGCCACUCUCACUGUCUGGAUUCGUACAUUCAUCUCCGUCCCGCCGGUGGACCAGAGGGUCAUCAAGGGAACCACGGCAACCCUGGACUGUAACGCUACACACGACCCCAGGAUCAACAUCAGUUUCCAGUGGCAGCGUGGAGCAGUACCCCUCCAGCCCAGCGGGGGCAGAGUGUCUAUAUUGUCUGGUUCUCUGACCAUCAGCCAGACUUGGUCAGGCGACAUAGGAGACUAUACCUGCACUGUGACAUCACAGGCCGGGAACCAAUCACGCUCCGCACGCCUCGAAGUCAUUGAGCUCCCCCACUCCCCCAGGUCUCUGUCUGUGUCUCUGAAUGAUUCAGACAGCCGUUCAGUUCUUCUCUCCUGGGUCAGACCCUUCGAUGGAAACUCUCCUCUUCUACACUACAUACUGGAGCUGUCUGAGAACAACUCUCCAUGGAAGGUGUACACGUCGGAGGUGGGGCCUGUUGUGACACAGGUGUCGGUGGGCGGGCUCACCCCUGCCAGGACCUAUCAGUUCAGACUCUGUGCUGUCAAUCAAGUGGGCCGUGGCCAAUACAGCGGCGAGACACAGAGGUUGAUGCUGAGAGAGGAGGCUCCCAGCGCUCCUCCUAAGAACAUGGUGGCGUCGGGUCGUACCAACCAGUCUAUCAUGGUCCAGUGGCAGCCUCCCCCAGAACCACAGCACAAUGGACUGCUCCGAGGAUACGUCCUCAGGUAUCGUCUGGCAGGUCUACCAGGAGAGUACCAAGAGAAGAAUAUCUCUAGUCCAGAGACGAACUACUGUCUCCUAUCAGACCUCAUAAUCUGGACUCAGUACCAGAUACAACUGGCUGCCUACACUGCUGCAGGCCUGGGGGAGUAUAGUACUGCUGUUACUGAGUACACACUACAGGGAGUCCCCACAGCGCCCCCUCAGGCUGUAGAGGUAACAGCAGUCAGCUCCUCAGCGAUCAGAUUCACCUGGAACCCUCCGCCUCAGCAGUUCAUCAACGGGAUCAACCAGGGAUACAAGUUGCUAGUCUGGCCAGAGCACUCCCCCGAGGCUGUAACCAUAGUGACCAUCACCCCCGACUACCCCGGUUCCCGCCUCACCGGAUUGGUUGUUGGACUAAGGAAGUUCACCUGGUAUCUAGGCUCCACCCUCUGCUUCACCACACCCGGCGAUGGACCCAAGAGCCCUCCCAUACUGCUACAGACACACGAAGACACUCCAGGUCCGGUGGGUCACUUGAGCUUCACUGAGAUCCUGGACACGUCUCUGAGGGUGAGAUGGGCAGAGCCUAUAGACAAGAACGGCAUCAUCACAGGUUAUGUGAUAUUGUGGUGUGUUUCUGGGUCAGCAUCGGGGUCAGGGUCGGAGGGCAAUGCGUCAUGUGAGGAGCGAGCUCUCUCUAACUCUACCCUGCAAUACAAGGUCACCAGCUUGACCUCUAUGACAUCAUACGCCCUGGAGGUCGCCGCCAUGACAGCGGCAGGAAGAGGCGUGGCCACCACCUCCACCAUCUCCUCUGGAGUUCCACCAGAGCUUCCUGGUGUGCCCUCUAACCUGGUCAUCUCCAACAUCAGCCCUCGCUCCGCCACACUAAGGUUCCGCCCCGGCAGCGAUGGGAAGACGGUCAUCUCCAAAUGGAUCGUAGAAGGACAGAUGUUCUACAUGUUCCGAUUGCGCCAGGAGAACAUUGUGGGCUCCAGUCCCUCUAGCACCCCCUCCAGGAUGAUUCAGACACUGCAGUCGGCCCCCGACACACCCCCUAACAACCUCACCCUGGUUACAGCUACACAGACCAGCCUCACACUACGCUGGGUGCCAUUACCGGUUUCUGAGUAUAAUGGUAGUCCAGAGACGGUGGGUUACCGGGUGUGUGUCCGGCGGGCAGACGGCCGGGGAGAGGAGAGGAUGGAGGAGGUGGCGGAGGUCAGAGGACAGAGGUCAGGGGUUAGUGGUCAGCAAAGCGAGACGAUGCUGGAGGGCCUGGCUGAAUGGACGGACUACCAGUUGAAGAUACAAGCCUUUAACUCCAUAGGAGACGGACCAUGGAGUAACACACUGACCACACACACCAAGGAGUCAGUGCCGUCUGGCUGUCCAGUGAAUGUGAGUGUGGAGGCGGUGAGUUCUACCAGGAUUUUGGUCACAUGGUCUCCUGUUCCCGAGAUGCAGAGAAACGGACCCAUCCUAGGUUACAAGGUGUUGUACGCGGUGAAGGAUUGUGUAGACGCCCCCUCAGUGUGGUCAGUCCCAGGGGAGAGGAGUGUUUCUGUCCUCCUGGGGGAACUCCUGAAGUACACAGUCUACCAGAUACAGCUGGUAGCAUUCACACAGCUGGGGGACGGACCACCGAGCCCCAGAACACUACACAGGACCAAGGACGACGUUCCAGGUCCUCCAGUGAGGCUGUUGUUUCCAGAGGUUCGUCUGACGUCUGUCAGGGUGGUGUGGCAGCCGCCUACUGACCCCAACGGGAUUAUCAUGGGUUAUCAGAUAGCGUACCGUCUGGAUGCCGGCGACCCCAUGCGGUUCACAACGGUGGAGGUGGGGUCGACUGCGCGUCAGUUUACAGUCAGCGGUUUGACCGGAGACCAGGCCUAUGUGUUCAAGUUGACCGCUAGGACCUCUCAGGGAUGGGGCAGAGCUGAGGAAGCUGUAGUUAUCACCACCGAACGCAGAGAGCGUCCCUCUCCCCCCAGGAAGUUGUCCGUCCCCCAGGGGGAGGUCCAAUCUCGUAGGCUCCGCCUCCACUGGGUUGCCGGGAUGACAGGCUCCUCCCCCCUACGGUACUACUGCCUGCAAACCAGAGAGCUUCCGACCGGAGACUGGACCAGUCACUCUGCUGAUAUACCACACAAUUACACAGCCUGGACCGUAGAGAGACUGAAACCCUUCACGUCGUACAAGCUGAGGAUGCUGGCAACCAACGAUGUAGGAGACAGCAACUACAGCAAAGAGACGGAGACUGUUAUCACACUACAGGAUGUUCCUGAGGAGGCUCCAGUGAUAGUAUCAGUCAAACCCUCUACUACUACCUCUGUUCUGGUGCAGUGGCAGCGUCCCAGUGAGGAGAGCGUUAACGGGGUGCUGGUUGGCUACCGGCUGUACUACCGGGAGCUCCCGGUAAACUCCACCCCUAGUACGGUACCCCUGGAAGACAUGGCCAACAACACCACCACACGUGGUGACAUCACAGCUCUGACCAGCUUUAAGACAGUGAGCAGUGUUUCCUUAACAGAAUUUGAGUUAACGCAGCUGAAGAAGUUUAAGUGUUAUGAGAUCGUCAUGACAACCUAUAACAUCGUAGGAGAGAGCCCACCCUCUGAGCCGGCCACUGUAUCAGUUGGAGAAGCAGCUCCCUCCUUGCCACCCCAGUCUAUCAGAGCGGUGCCUGUCUCUCCUACUGUACUGGAGGUGACCUGGGACCUCCCACCCCUACACACACAGAAUGGACUCAUUCAGGGUUACAAGAUCCACUACUGGCAGGGUGCCAGACAGAACGAGACAGAGAAGGUGACGGUGGUGUUUGUUCCUGACACGCGUGUCCGUCUGGUCAACCUCACGUGUUACACGUCCUACCUCGUCACGCUGUCUGCCUUCAACGUGGCUGGAGACGGCCCGCCCAGCGAACCCCGGGGCGCCAAGACCCUACAGGCUGCCCCCAGCCAGCCUAGUUUCCUGUCGUUUUCGGAGGUGACAGGAUGGAGUGUCAACAUCUCCUGGGGGGCGCCCAGCGCUUCUAACGGGGUAGUGGAGGGGUACAGGGUGGUCUACCAGCCCACACAGCCUGUACAGGGUGUGAGUCGGGUGGUGACGGUGGAGGUGAAGGGUAGCUGGCAGCGUUGGUUGAAGGUCAGAGACCUGACUAAAGGAGUAACCUACAGGUUCAGUGUCCAGGCCAGAACAGUCAGCUACGGACCUGCUGUCCACUGUAACGUCACCUCACAACCUCUACAGGGCACCCCUGGUUCACCCAUGGAGAUGUCAGUCACCAAGUCCUCCUCGGCGCUGACCAUUCAUUGGUCGGAGGGAGACGCGGGGGCGGGACCUGUCAUAGGUUACAUUAUCGAGGCUCGUCCCUCAGAUGAAGGGAUGUGGGACUCGUUUGUCAGGCUCCUCCCCCCCAGCAGUAGGUCAGCAACCGUGGAGAUGGACCGUCUGAGGUCAGGGGUCGGAUAUGAGUUCCGUGUCAUCGCUGUCAAUCGCUACGGUUAUGGGGAACCCAGCACGCCGUCCACCGCACUCGCUGCUCUGUGGGACCGUCCCUUCUAUGAGGAGUGGUGGUUCCUGUUGGUCCUGUCUCUGAUUGGUCUGAUCAUGAUCCUCAUGUUGGUGUUCAGCCUCCUGCUGCACGGACACAACCACAAGUACAGGAGCUGCAGCACAGGAAAGCAUGUGUCUACGGUGGAGGAGUCCGUAACCCUGGACAACGGAGGAUUCACAGCUCUGGAACUCAACAGCAGAACUCUGAACAACAAGAGCACCUUCCACAAGAAGAAUGGAACUAGGUCCCCUCCCAGGCCCAGUCCAGGCCUCCUCCACUACUCUGAUGAAGACCUGUGUGAUAACUACAACAAUGGAGCCAUCCUCACAGAGAGCACCACGCUCACAGAGAAACCUGCUGACAUCUCAGAGUCUGAGGUAACAGACAGUGACUGUGAGGAUGAUCAUCAUCCUAAACAUUCCUUUGUUAAUCACUACAUGUCAGAUCCCACCUACUAUAACAGCUGGAAGAGACAACCUAAAGGCCUGAAGGGGUUAAGUCUGGCGUCCGGCUACGAGGAGUGUUCCAGCACUGACGGGGCAGAGCCCUACUACCAGACCGUGGUCACACAGCACAGCACAGGGGGAGCAUACACACCCACUGGGCUGCCCGCGCACACACACACACUCCCACACACACUCCCACACACACACGCACGCCAACCCCAAUACCAAUCCACCAGGCUCACGCACGCCCGUCACGGGGUUCUCGUCUUUUGUGUGACUCGUGCACACAUGCGCACACACACACACACACACACAUGCGCGCUCACACACACACAGAGGGCGGAGCGGAGGAGGUUUGGAGCCCACUACUGUGGUAGGACCGAGGGAUGGAGGGAGAAGGGUGGAAGAGGAGGAUGGGAGGAAGGGGGGAGAGGAGAGGAGGAUGGGAGGAAGAGGAGGAUAGAGUGGAACAGUGAUGUCACAGAGUGGAACAGUGAUGUCACAGAAUGGAACAGUGAUGUCACAGAAUGGAACAGUGAUGUCACAGAAUGGAACAGUGAUGUCACAGAAUGGAACAGUGAUGUCACAGAGUGGAACAAUGAUGUCACAGAAUGGAACAGUGAUGUCACAGAAUGGAACAGUGAUGUCACAGAAUGGAACAGUGAUGUCACAGAAUGGAACAGUGAGGUCACAGCUAGGGAACAGUGA